CCCCACUUUGCGCAAUCUUGGGCUCCUCGGGAGGCCAUAAAGAGGAGGGCUGCCCUCGCCCGGUGGCCGGACACUCCCCCAGCCUCCAAGCCGAAGCCCCGACCAUGGCCGCACCACCGAUGGCUUCCCUGCUCUUCUCCGUCUUCUCCCUCGUCUUCCUUGGAGAGGGGCGAGCCUUCCCCACUGGAGCCCCCCAGGCACCCGGGAAGUGCCGUCUGGAGGGCACCUGGGUCAACGAGCUGGGCUCCCGGAUGUCCAUCUCGGCGCUGGACAAGGAGGGCCGCUUCUCGGGCUCCUACUUGACCGGCGUGUCCGCCUCGCAGAACCCCAUCCGCACCUCCGGUCUCAGUGGGGCCCAGCAACAGGGACCCCAGCCCACCUUCGGCUUCACUGUCCAGUGGAGCUUCUCAGGUACUCCCCUUCAGGCCCUUGAUUGGUCAAAUACGCUCUUGCCAAUGUAG